CGGUCCAGUAGGUGGCGGUGAUGCACCUACAAGCUGGUUUGCCAACCGCCAUUAAAACUCAAAGAAGAAGAAGAAGAAGACGAAGACUACGGGGAAAAGCUACGGCACUAGCGCAGCGUCAGAUGAUUAGCUAAUAGUAAAAACACUGUGAAACGAAUGACAGGUCGUCUCUCUUUUCAGCAUUACGAACGCGUGUAAGUUGUCAAUAAUGUAUAUUGGUCCGUUAUUUCCACGUUGAAGCCUCUCUCGCAGCGCUGAUAAUGCUGAAAAUGAAGCUACCGAUGAAAACGGGCGAGGAAGGAGGCGACGAAACGGCCGAGGACGAGUCAUUGGAUCAGUCGGAGCACCAACAUAUUCCCCGGGCUGUACCUCCCUCUUCGGUGUCCGACAGACUGGACGAGUCGCCCAGACCUUAUAUGUAUCCAUCCCACCUGGACAAGGAGACUGUUUUUGAGUGGUUCGGCCUCCAUCUAAACCCCGCUAGGCGAGUCGAGUUCAUGUGCGGGCUGCUACAUAUGUGCCAACCCCUGGAGCUCCGCUUUCUGGGAUCUUACUUAGAGGAUCUAGCUAGAAAAGAUUACCAUGUUUUAAGGGACUUCGAGUUUCGGGCAAAUAGUCCGAGCGAUUUGGGAGUGUUGACGGACGUGAUUGACCCAGUGGUUAGGUCCAAACUCCUAGUCUGCCUGUCCCUCCUUGGGUCUGACAGCAGGGAAUGUGCUGGAAUACUCUUUCGGAUACUGAGCCAUGUAGAUCCGGCCUUAUUCUACAAAAAAUAUGACUACUCCCUUCCUCCAUUCAGGGACCCUCACUCGUUCCAUCCACCGUGUCAGGACGGGAAUGUGUACGGGCGGGCAGAGCAGACCUGCGGCUUCUCCACUAACGAAACAGCGGCAGGACCUCUGGAGCAGUUGGCGCUGCUUUUUACCAUGGCCUCUCUACACCCAGCUUUCCAUUUCCACCAACGGGAGAUGGUCCGAGGGCAGCUUGACAAAAUAGAACUGACCAUAGAGGAGGAGAGACGUCAAAGUCAGCUUAGAAUAAACGCCCAGACCACGACAUCCGGUUGGUACGAUGCUCUGCGAGGCGGUCUCUGUUCGAGAGGAACCCAUGAGGUUGACAUCAUUGAGCUGACGGGCCAGAAAGCGGAUUACCUGCCUUCCCCAGCGCUGGGUUUGGGGGAAUGUACGACCUCCCCCUCUCCUUACCCGAGCCGACGCUCCGGCCGCUGGGCAACACAAAGAGAAGCGGUGCAUAUAGAGGGAAUAGUGCUCAGGGGCAUCUCUCGGACCAGGAUAGACAAGGAAUACAACUUUGAGGUGAAGUGGUCAGACUCGUCUUCCAGUAUUGUGACCAAAACCCAUCUCGAACUGGAGAAUUUCCUUCUCAAGCUUCCUAAGAAUCAGUGCACUGAGUCUUUUGAGAAGAACAUCCUGAGGCUUCUGAACCAGGGGGACCAGAAAGAGAGCCGGGAGGUGGAGAAGAGCCUCAGGGAAAGGUUCCUGUCUGCCCCUCCAGUCUUCAGACAGACCAGAAAGGUCUGCAGCUUCUUCAAUUGUGACUCCAGCUAUUCUACAAAACCUACUUGCUGCAGAUGCAACUGCCAGCUGGGUAAGGCGUACCAAGGAGACUGUUCUGAUGCCUCCAGUCAGGAGGAAGAUUUAGAGUUGUAUGUUCAGGGACACAAGAAAAAGCACGGGACCAAGAGUCCAUGUCAAGGUCUCUCUAGUGCCAAGGGCUCCCAGGGGGAUAGUUGGAGGGGGGGCCACACUGCAGAGCUCAAUGGUUCAGCAGAGAGGAGGAAGAGCUGCACACUGAGGAGCAGCCAGGAGGCUGAACAGCACCAGGACACUGAGAAGAGAAGCCACCCAGCCACUAAAACGAAGAGCAGAGGCCUGCCCGCAGACAGGGACAAAGGGAAGGGUGCUGCCUUUGUAGCCAAUGGUAGGUUGGUACCAGCUCUGUCACCUCAGAGGAAAGAUGGAGGUUCUGGUCCAGAUACCUUUGGUGAAACAUCAUCAGAAAGCUACAGCUCUCCAUCCAGCCCUCAACAUCGAGGACCAGAGAGCAUGGAUAGUGAGGACGACAACAACAAAGAUUCAGACAGCCACUCUGAUGACUCCUGUAAAGGUCCAGGCCCUGACAUGUUCUUCGCCCACCAGACUGAUCCAGCUGUUGUGGGGGAGGUCUCCUCUGUCCACCCUCUGUCUUCCAACAACCACCAGGCCCAGAUGGAGAUGCUCUGCCCAGAGACCAGCUCAGAUUUUCCCCCUCUCUCCCUCAUGCGUUCUCUGGCCUAUGUGCUCCCCAACGGGGCCACUGACUCUCCACUUCCACUUGUCCCUCCUCCCAGCCAAAGUAUCGUCCCCGAUGUGAAGCCCUCGUCUGGGACACUGAUGAUGCAGAUGCCCCUAGUGCCUCCAGCUGUCCCUGGCCCUGGCAUUGUGGGAGACCCAGAGAAGAGGGACAUGCUCCCAACCUUUGGUAUUCCACUUAUUGGCCAGCCUUCAGGAAGUCCUGCUGUGCAGCCUCUGGUACAGAGGUUCAAAACAGCUUUGUCUCACAGCCAGUGUGGCACUGAUGGAGCCUCAGGGAGUGGUUCUACUCCUGCUGCCCCACAGGCCCCACACCAGGCUCCACACCAGGCCCCACACCAGGCUCCACACCAGGCUCCACACCAGGCUCCAGUAAGAGUCAUGAGUGUCAUGUCUCCUGGCCCCACAUGCUACUCCUCUCCUCUUCAGCAGUCGCUGCCCUGCCAGGACCCGGCCAGUGUCAGCUCAAGCCUGGCCUCCUCUCUGCCACAUGUGGAGACCUCACAUGCCAAGCACCCCGGCUUAACUUUACCAUCAGGUCUGCCUUCUCCCUACACCCUGCCCCCGGUCCCCACCUCUGUCAUGCCUACUGUAGGAGCACCUGCAGCCACUGGAAUAGCUCCGUCUCCUGGACAUGUACAAGCGGCUGUUCCUCCAGCUGUGCCCACCCACACGCCUGGACCUGCCCCCAGCCCCAGCCCAGCCCUUACUCACAGCACGGCACACAGCGACUGUACAUCCUACAGCAACAGCAGUGCUUCCUGUGGAAGUGCCUCUGUUGCCCCGGGCAACACUAUUAGUUUUCAGCAAACCCAGCAGCAACAAUUGGCCCCCCAGCAGCCAACACCACCACAACCACAACCACAACCACAGCAGCAGCAGCAGCAGCCCCAGCAACCAAUGGGCUGUGGGACCUGUGGUUGUCACAACAACUGUGGCGGCCGAGCCAGCAGCAGUCACAACAGCAGUGUCAGUGGUGCCUCCGGCUGCCAAGCACCCCUGUUCUUCCCUGCCCACCAGAUGGCAGCAGCAGCACGGCAGGUGUUCAGCGUUCCACCGCCUCUCUUCCAGCUCACAAGCCUGUGCAGUAACAGUUACCUCACCCAUUCUCAGUCUCCUCACCAGGCCAACGGUGCUGCCACCCUGUCCCCCUUCUUCCCCACCGCCCCACCUCCUGCACACCCGCCUCCCUACGGCCCCCUCACACACUCUCACAGCCACGCAGACGUGCCAUCACAUAUGCUGGGCACCCAGGCUGCGGCAGUGGUAGCCGCCGCAGCUGCAAACUACAACCUCCAGCAGCAGAUGGCGCCGGCAGCGUCGUUCUGUCAGCGUGUCUACCAGCAUGUGUACCCAAAUCCCCUGGGGAUGCUGCCUGCUGCUACACUGGCGGGAGGUGGAGUCAAUAAGAAGAAUGGCAAUGUGUCCUGUUAUAACUGUGGUAUGAGCGGCCACUACGCUCAGGACUGCAACCAACCCUCCAUAGACUCCACACAGCAAGGUGGCUUCCGGUUAAAGUACGCAGCCUCCCACAUUUCAGAAGCACUUGACAAUGCCGAGUGAAGAAGAGAGGGUGAAGGGGAGUUCCUCUGGGCUACAGUGACGCUCCUCUGUUCUUCUCCUGUGUACUUCAGGGAAAAAAAGAAAAAGAUUCUCAAAAAGAAUAAGUGACCUGCCAAGGGCUCAGUGGACAAAGGCGAAGUACUUGUGCCUGAGAAAAUCUUGUUCCCACGGAGAUGAUUCACUGUCUCAUGCACACCAACAGUCCCUUCCCUUUCAGUUUGUUAUUGAUAUUAUUACACUGAGGGUUGGAAGCGAUUAAUUUAUUACUUAAUUAUUAGGAGGUUUGGAGAUUUUUUUGUUUUUACAUUAAAGUGGAGACUAGUCUCAACUGAAAAAGGUUCUUAUACACAUUUCUAAAACAGCGUAUUUAUGCUUUGUCCUCAUUACUGUUCACCUAGGAUUUUUUUGUCUGACAGCAUUGUACAGCAGUUUUCAAAGAUUAAACUAGAAUCAAAAAGUAAUGUAAGCAAAAUGGAUUUUAGGUUUGUUGUUGUCAUUUUAAUUUGCUGUAAGGCUUUUCAAUGUGCAUCUUCUCAUUUACAUCAAUCUGACUAUCAAA